CUUGGAGUCGUGGGUCCUCGGUCCGCUCUCUAUUUGAUACCUAUCACGCGGUAGCUGUGCCUAGACUGGCCGAGUGGGUGACCAUUCAUUAAGGCGGACCCGUAAGCCACGACCUAUGUAGCCCAGCCCCCUUGCUGUUGUCACUUUCAUCUUCUUUACAUCGCUUUCUUCAAUACACAGUCCGCAACAGCUUCGACCAUUUAGUUAAAACAUAUCAUCACUCUUCUCUUGUCAUAAAACGGGUCUCACCAGAAAACGUAUUUUCCUAGCUUCACGAGUUCCGCUUGUUCACACUCUUUUACCGUUUUAUCUUUUCGAGUCCUUUGUCCAACACCUCGUCUUACUACAUAUCUCUGUGUUGCAUAACACAACGCAGUUCUCAGCCCCGCCAACGUUCCCGCACAUCCCAAUAUGGAACCAAGAACUUAUAUCCCCAACAACAGGUUGAACUCCGACCCCGGUAUAAUAACCCGCAUGCAGCGAGACCUGUCUAGCUCUCCCCAUCAGAGUGACUCCCCUGGAGCGGAGAGUGAUUCAUCUAUGCUUCGGCGCGCAGCUGGCAAAAGUCCGCAUGUCUGCAUCGUCGGCGCAGGGGUAGCUGGUCUGCGAUGUGCAGACGUAUUACUCCAACAUGGGGCAAAAGUGACUAUGAUCGAAGGGAGGGAUCGUAUUGGAGGAAGGCUUUGCCAAGGCAAGGUCCACGGGAACUUAGUGGACCUGGGUCCGAAUUGGAUACACGGCACGGACUCAAAUCCAAUAUUGGACCUGGCCAAGGAGACCGGUACCCUGACCAUGAGCUGGGACGGCCGACAAGCGGUAUUUGACUAUCUUGGUAAUGCAAUGCCAGAAAAGGACGCCGAGGAAAACACCGAGAUUGUCUGGACCAUAAUCGAACAGGCGAUGAAAUACUCCAACGAUAAUUGCGCCGAUAUCCCUGCAGAGAGAAGUCUGUACGAUUUCUUCAUCGAGAAACUGGAGCAGCUUUUUCCUUCCCAAAUAGAAGACGACAAAGUUGCAAGACAAAGACGGGAGACUGUCCUCCGUAUGGCCGAGAUGUGGGGAGCAUUCGUAGGCAGUCCGAUCCAGACGCAAAGCCUGCGAUAUUUCUGGCUGGAGGAAUGCAUAGAUGGAGAGAACGUCUUUGUGGCAGAAACAUAUCACAAAAUCCUACGCAGAAUUGCGAAACCGGUACUGGAUCAAGUAAGAGUUGACUUCAAGAGAAAGGUCACCAAGAUUAGUUCGAACUUGAACGACGAAGAUCCUAGCGUUACCAUUGAGACCGAAUCUGGACAGGGAGAGACAUUUGAUGAGGUUGUUAUGACAGCACCGCUGGGAUGGCUCAAGCGGAACAAUGAUGCGUUUACUCCAGAACUGCCAAAUCGACUGAAACAAGCCAUAGACGCCAUUGGAUAUGGGCAUCUUGAUAAAGUCUACAUCACAUUUCCAACCGCAUUCUGGAAUCAGCCCAGCGACGCCGCCAACAUUGUCUCGAUGCCUCACCAAACUUCUUCGGCCAAUGUAACUGCCACCACCGCGCCUCUCAACCAGCCAGCAAAGCCGACAUUACCCCCCACACACUACCCGGGCUUCACACACUGGACAUCUCCCCGCUACACUACAUCAACAAACCCCAACCACUGGAACCAAGAAUGUGUGAAUCUAGCCGCGCUUCCAUCGCCUUGUGCACAUCCCACACUUCUCUUCUAUACCUUCGGUCCCACCUCGUUACACCUGGCCUUUCUAUUGAAACAGUUUCCCUCACCAUCAGACGUCAAAGCUCAAGCACUUCUCACCGAAUUCUUCAAGCCCUACUUCUCCCGCCUACCCAACUACUCCGCCUCGAAUCCCGAGCACCAACCCGCAUCGAUACUGGCGACGCUCUGGGCAAACGACGAACUCGCCGGCUACGGAAGCUACGCCAAUUUCCAAAUUGGUUUGGAGCGGGGAGAUGAGGACGUGGAAGUCAUGAGGAAAGGUUUGCCGGAACGUGGUGUUUGGCUUGCUGGAGAGCACACUGCGCCUUUUGUCGCGUUGGGGACGGUUACGGGAGCUUAUUGGGCAGGCGAAGGUGUGGCGAAGAGGAUUGCGAAGGCUUAUGGGCUGGAGAGGGUAGGAGGGGAAAGUGGAUGAGAUGGAGCUAUCCAGGUUUAUUUUCGGCAAAUACCGUGUUCAAUUUUUUGAAGGCAUCGCAGCAUAGUUGGGCCGGAUUUCAGUUUGGUGAUUGCUACUC